UAACGCAAUCGGCAGUGGAACGCGCCGACGGACGUUAUAAAACGGCCAGCACCACGAAUUACAAACAUUUCUAAUCCUAACUGAUUCAAGACAACCGACACCGCUUUUUGAAGGUUUGUUUCACUCCAGUUCGAACUGGAUUGCUCCAAAAAUAGUGUAAUAAGUAUUCAUAAAUAGUGCGGGAGAAAUUUGAGACGCUCGUCGACAAAACGUUGUAAUUAUGCCGGAAAAUUGCCUCCAAGUUUUAAAGAACGACAAAGUGGGGCGGUACGCUACUGCGUCAAAGGACCUACAAGCUGGCGAUGUUGUUUUUGAGGAGGAACCAUUCGCAUAUGGUCCAAAAUCAGGGCAUCCGCCAAUGUGCCUGGGAUGUUACCUCCCGGUGGAUUGCAGCUAUCUCUGUAGCAAAUGCAGUUGGCCUGUGUGCAACGCCCAGUGCCAAGAAAAUGCAACACAUGCAAACAACGAAUGCAAAGUUUUCGCUGAAUCCGGUGCUAAGUUUCAGACAAUGGCGGAUCCCACCGAUAUUUGCUUACAGUUUGAAUGUAUCACCCCUUUAAGAGUAUUAUUGGCAAUGGAAGCAAACAAACAACGUUGGGAUAGUGAAGUAGCCUGUAUGCAAUCACACUGUGAAAUUCGCAAAUCGAAACCAAUCUGGGCGUUCAAUCAGAACAACGUGGUGGAAUAUCUUCGUGGUCCUUGCAAACUGACCCGUUUCUCUGAAGAGUUAAUACACAGAGUUUGUGGAAUCUUGGACGUCAACUCUUUUGAAGCGCAUCCUUCUACGGGCGGUUAUUCCAUUCGCUGUUUAUACCCGAAUCUUGCAAUACUCUCUCAUAACUGCGUGGCCAAUACAACACAUACAAUUUUUCAAGAUCUGAAAGUUCAGUGCCGUACAAGUGUGCCGCUAAAAAAAGACCAAGAGUUGUAUUCUAGCUACGCAUACACCAUCCUUCCCACACUGGUCCGACGCGCUUAUCUGGAAGAAUCAAAAUACUUCCUCUGCGAUUGCUUGCGAUGCAAAGACGCUACUGAACUUGGCACUCAUCUAGGUACUCUAAAAUGUUCCAAAUGCGACAAUGGCGUGUUAAUCUCCACGGAGCCGUUGAAUUUCGAAGCGGAAUGGAAGUGCACCCACUGUGACUUCCGUACCAAAGCGACAGCAGUCAGAAGGGUAUAUGAAGCUAUCCAAAUGGAGUUGGAUAAUGUGGAUGCGAACGUCGAAGAGCCAGCUGAAGCAAUCGAAGCAAGAGAAACACUCUAUCGGAAAUACAGAAGUGUGAUGCAUCCGCGAAAUGCUUACCAUACAAUGCUGAGGCUAUCUUUAGCACAAAUGUAUGGAAAACUAGACGGAUACAUCAUCGAAGACCUGCCGGAUUUACUUCUUGAAAGAAAAGUUGAGCUAUGCAUGCAGAUCUUAGAGAAUUUAGAUGUUAUUGAACCGGGAUAUACACGAACAAGAGGUUUAAUCUUGUAUGAACUGCACGCGCCGCUAAUUCUCAUCGCGAAGAAUUUAUACAAAAACGCAGUGAUUACAAAGGAAGAACUCAAACGGAAAUUAAACGAAGCAGCUGAGAAAUUAGAAGAAGCCGUGAAGAUACUCUGCCUGGAACCUGAGUAUACCCAGGAGGGAAUGUUGGGUAGAAAUGCAAAACCUGCUCUGGAACGAAUCAAAGAAAGUUUUUUCGAUGAGAUUUUAAACGCUGAUUUGUAGAAAUGUUUCUUUUCAAUAGUAUUAUGUAUGUUAUGAUUUCUGAUUGAAUAAAAGAUUUUAUCGCAGUACAA